CGUCUGAAGAGCCCGUCCUCCAGAGCGAUGUUCUACCAGGCCUCCAUCGUAGGGAAGGAGGCCCAUCAUUUCUCGUUGCCCCAAGGAGCUUCCAUCACCAUCCCUCCUAAGGGGCGUUGUGUGGAGGUGACCGUGCAGUACUCCUGUUCCUUCCUGAGGCCAAUGGAGGCGGUGCUACUGCUGACAUCACGCUCUGCCUCCUCAGCCACUCCCUCUGGAGCCACUCUGGCCUUCAGCCUCAAGACCCAGGUCACACACAUCACCCCCAGCGGGAUAGUGAAGUGUAAAUCUCCAUGUUACCAGCUGAAGGAGCUCCAACUUAAAGUAAAAAACCAUUUCAGCAAGGAUGCCAUGUUCAGGGUGGUGUUGGUGGAGUCUAAAGCCAACAUGCUGCAGGUGGAGAAGAGUCAGGAGAGCCUCAUUCAACAGUUCUCCUUUAGGACCAACCCCAGCUCAGACAACAACAUCAG